AAUCAUAGAUGCCACAACAUUGCAGAGCUUCUGGCUGUGAAAUUUAAAUUUACGAAGAAAUGGGAUAACCUUUCAAAAAAUGAGAAUGUGUUGAGUUUGUGUUUUUAUAUGUAUUAACUCAAUGUUACAGGUUUUAAACUAUGAUCACUUUUUAGUGUCGUGUUAGCUGACACCUUCGUCUUGUAUUGUGUUAGUUUAGCAAAAUCAUCUGCUGAAAUCUAUUGCAGAUACAUGCGUCGAACUAGAAUGCACAAAUAAGAAAUGAGAAGCACCCCUCAUUUUUUUAUUUGUGCUACCUCGUUUCCUUUCCUCGCUUACUUUCCUUGCGUCUUAGGCCCUGUCCCAAAUGGCACACUUCAUUUGCACUUUCGGUAGACUUGCAAAGGCUGCGAUCUGUGAUCUGGGGAAUGCUAAUGUUAGCCUGCUAGCAUUGAAAGCAUACGAUUCCACCCUCUCUGCAAAUCAUCAUCCAAAGCCACGCCUCCAAAACACAUGAAGGCACACAAAGGCUGAAUCCUAAAUGGCACCCUAAACCCUCACGGUCUUCCUCUGAGUCCGCACUUUUGUGACGUAAUGCCGCUUUGACUGCCGGGUAAAGUCAUCUGCAUAGCUCGCAGACUUGCGGGCUUAGCUGAAGUGCGCAUCGAGGGCGCAUAGCGGCCGCAAAGGGGGCGCUCACGAGCACCCAUCUGAAACCUAAAAUGAUGAAUAUGACACCCUACAGUCUUGUGGACUUAACGGACACGUGCACGCGGCAGCCAUUGUAAGUCCACAAGACCGAAAGUGCAUAGCAGUGUGCCAUUUGGGAUUCAGCCUGUAGCUAUGCAGCAGACUUCUUUGCGACGGUCAAAGCGGCAUUACGUCACGAAAGUGCGGACUGCAAGUGUUUAGGGUGCCAUUUGGGACAGGGCCUUAGCUCCACCCCCUUAGGAUGUGAGGGAAGGACACGCCUGUGUGUCCUAGUUCAUGACUCCUCGCCUCCUCAUGGUGCAAUUAGAGGCUACAUCCGAAAACUAAAAAAUGCUGCCUUCGGAGGACGCAUUCCAAGGUAGGAAGGCAUCAAGGCACAUCCAAAUCCAGUGUUACCUUCACUUCCUGUCUCAUGAGAUGCCUUUAUCUGAUUGAUUUUUGAAGGCUGAAGGCAGCAUAGAUGUAUCCUUCGCUGCCUUUGAUAUCCCACAAUCCUGUGCUUUCCAUUCUGUGACAGAUGAGAUAAAUAAUAAAGAUGGCGUCUGAAAGUUGGAUAGGGCGCCGAAGCAACAAGUCAGCUGAGUUUUCGGAUGUAGCCAGAGAAUUGAGAUGUCCUUCAAGAUGGUUAAGUUUGAUCGGUUUCCGGGUCAUGGGCUGGAGGACAGAGGAGCGAGGAAACGAGUAACCAUCAGUUUGAGUAUUGAGAAGCACCUGUGAAGUCGGACACUUCCUGCGGUGAUGCUGGUGUUUGAAGUGUUUGCGGACUUUUCACAACAAAGUGAAUUAAAUUUAAAAUACCAUUGAAGUGGAAUCUAUGUUUUUUAUCAGUUAGUGCUCGAAGUGGACACUUCUAUAUUUUAACCUGUAGCAUACCAUCACUUUUUCUUGCGUAAUGGCACUCACAUGUUGAAGUUUUGUAGGGUUACCAUAGCUCCUGCGGUUAUGGUAAAGAAUGGGCAUGCAAAACUUAAAGGCUAUACUGCACAUUGAUUAGCAAUGUACAUGCAAGUAUAUAGUGAUAAGCUGCGUCCGAAAUCACGUACUGUUGAGUAGGUACUACAUUUUAAUUUAAAUUUACUUCAUGACCAUUAAAAAAGUACGUUCUAUAUAGUACGAAUGCGUGUAGUAUGAUUGUAUUCGGACGUACUACAUCCGCAAUGUUGUAACUGUCACAUGACCUACCAGCGUCAGCUACAUCCCUUCAACUCCAUUCAUAAAUCCUCUUUCGUGGCCUCGUGGGAUAGUCAAGUGUCCAUUGUAUGUGCACUUCAGAAUCUCACCGAAAGUAUGAAGGAUAAAAAUGUCAGCUCCUUGGAUAACUGCUGUAAAGACAGUAAUUGUCAUGUUUUUGUUGGAAUGUCUUAUACUCUCUGUAUACCACCUCCAACCGCUGGGAUAUUUUAACCAAGGAGUCCAGAUAAAUAACAACACAGAAGAAAGUUGCCUCCAUGUUCUUAAGAUGCAGAACUACAUGUGCACUGUGAACAUCACCACGGAGAAAUUCCUGAUGACAACAUCUGUACCAAAACCCUUGACUUCCACUGAGAUAGAAGAACCAGAUACCAUUGUGUUGAUCUGGAUGUGGCCUUUUGGUUCAAGUUUUGGCCUUGGACCCUGCAGUUCAGCUUCCAAUAUCCAUGGCUGUCGUUUAACAGAUGACAGAGGUCUGUUUAACGAAGCACAUGGGGUUAUGUUUCAUCAUAGAGAUAUCAGUUGGGAUUUAUCCAACAUGCCGAAACUUCCACGGCCUGCUUUCCAGAAGUGGAUAUGGUGGAAUAUGGAGUCUCCAACUCAUUCAGGUCAAAAUCCUCUGCUAAAAGAACUGUUUAAUCUGACUUCAAGUUACCGCCGGGAUUCAGAUAUUCCAGUACCGUACGGUUGGCUCUCAGAUGCCACGGAGGUAGAGAAAAAUUAUACUAUCCCAAAGAAGGAAAAAUUAGUUUGCUGGGUUGUAAGUAACUAUAGUCCAAAUCAUAAGCGUUCACAAUACUUUAAUGAGUUAGUGAAACACAUUAACGUGGAUGCCCAUGGAAGACACUUCGGCAGUUCAAUUAACCAUAAUGAAUAUUUAAAUUUGGUGUCCAGUUGCAAAUUCUACCUGUCCUUUGAGAAUUCUGUUCACAGAGACUACAUGACUGAGAAGCUGUUCAACCCUCUAGCGCUUGGUACCGUUCCAGUUGUUCUUGGCCCAACGAGAGAGAACUAUGAGCAGUUCAUACCAAGUGAAUCCUUCAUCCAUGUGGAUGACUUCCCAACCCCAAAAGAACUGGCUGAUCAUCUAAAACUCAUGGACCAAAACGAGGAUCUGUACAGGCAGUACUUUACCUGGAGAGAACAUUUUGUUUCAAAGGGAGCAUUAUUCGGUCUUGACCAUGCCUGUCGGAUUUGUGAACAUAUUAGAAAGAAUAAGCACUACAGAGUGGUCAAAGAUCUCAACAGCUGGUACUGGGGUUAGGGGGGAAUUUUAAGACAAUGCUGACUGACCAGGGGUGGUAAGUCAUGAGUAAAGAAAAUUUACAUCUCAUUUAACCACAUGUCCUGCUCCAGCUUUGCGCUGCAAGGUGGGCCAAGUUAUAUUUCAAAAGGCGUUUGUCGCAAAUUCAAUGAUUCAUUUUUGUUUAAUGCUUCAAAAUUAAUCUCACAUUUGAACGAUUAACAUUAUAAAUUUAUGGGAAAUUAUGUUCUUUUAUAUAUAUUUGGGGCAGGGAUUAAAACGGUUCAAAAAACAAAAACAAAAUUUUUAAUGGGUUUUUUUUUUUUUUUACUCUCUUUUUAAUAUAAAUAAAUAUAAAUAUGUGACAAAUAUUAUACUACGGUUACCAUACCUCAAGACAUUGUUUCAUUUCAAGACAUUUGUCAGGUUUUUGUCCUUAAAAUUGUCUUGUGUGUAAUAAUUUCUUACGCAUCUCAACCCAAGCUUCUGCUGCUAAUUCCAAAACGUCAUUUUCAAGCUAAUGCAGUUAUGGGAGAGAAAUUGAUAGACUGCUUAAGAGUGUGUGAAUUACUUAAAAAGUUAAAAAAAAAAAGAAAAAAAAAGGCUGCUCUGGUUGCCACUACUUUACCUUAAAAAAAUAAAAUAAAAUAAAAUACCAUUUUAGGUUUCACAGGACAUAAAUUUGCCCUUAAAUUCAUCCAUUUUGUUCUAAUUCACCAAAUGGAAACACAAUAAAUCGAAAAUAGAUAAACAGCUUGAAUAUUCGAUGUGAGAUGGGCGUUUCGAGGAUCAUAUGACACUAAAGACUGGAGUAAUGAUGCUGAAAAUUGAACUGUGCCAUUACAGGAAUAAAUUAUAUUAAAAUAUAAUAUAUAAUAUAUAUUAAAUUAUAAGAAAAAAAAGUGAUAUAAAAUUGAAAAAUAUAACAAUAUUAAUGUGUUUACUGUAAUUUUCAAUAAAUAAAUGCAGCCUUGAUGUGACUUGUUUAACAUGAUCAACCCAGUUAAUUUUGUAUGAUCAACUCUGAAGUAGGGGGGAGACCGGGGGCAAAUGUAACAUCUCAAAUUACACCAAUCAGAAACAAGACAGAAUUAUGAAACUCAUUUUGCAUGUGCUCUGUGGAGAUCCCUCUCUGCAUACCAAAGGACAAGCUUCUAAAUCAUUCUUGGUAGCUAAAGUUUUAAUACAUAGAUUCAUUUUUGAGGUAUAAAAGGUCUUGUUUUGAUGACCAUUCUGUUGUCUAACAUUUGAUAUCUUUGUCAAACAUUAGCUUUGUUGUUUCUAGCUAGCAGGGUAGCUUGUCACUGGGUGGUACAGUCGGGGGCAAUUGUAACACUGCAUUACAAUUGCCCCCGACACCAUCAAACUAGUGUCCAGCUUAGUAAGAACAUCAAAAUAGAUUAUUUUUUUCCAAUAAUUUAAGAAAAGUGUUUUUGCCUCUCAACCUGGGGAUCCAUGUUACUGAGUAGGCCCUGUACACUCUCUGUUCACAGCAUGCCUAGGUUCAGACCAAGGAAAACAGCAAGGGGAGUUAAUUAAUUGUUCUGGAUAAUAUGGAUGUAAUGGAUAUUGAAUAGUUUUAACUAUAUCUAUAUUCUCUGGAGUUUAUUGAGGUCAUUGGUAUUUAUAUGAAGGUAUUACAUGUGUUGUUACAAUUGCCCCCAUAUGCUGUUACAAUCGCCUCGCAUGUGGGGGCAGAUGUAACAUUUGACUUCUAAUGUUUCAAUCAAUAUUGUGACUCUAACAUUGCUUGUAAAAACAUUUGGUGACUGUUAACAAGUAGAACACAGGUACAAGUUUCUGACAUAAAAAUUGUAUCCAAAUAUUUCAAAAGGUUUUUGAGUAAUGACCACAUUACCAAAAUUUGUUACAAUUGCCCCCGGUCUCCCCCUAUUCCUUCAUUUAAACAACUUAAUUUGAUCUAAGACUGGAGAUUGCAUCGGAAAUAAAUGAGUGAGUGCAAUGGGACAAUUUUUAAUUUGUAUCAUCUUUACUCUUAAUCUGGUGUUGUACAGCCUACUCUUGUUUAGUUCUAAUUAAUGCUCUUUAAUGUGAUGUGUGUUCUUUUAUUUCUUUAAUACAAAGGUGUUCAGAUUCUGCCGUUUUCUAUUACACAUACAAUAUAAAUGCUUGAGUGCAUCUUUCAAUCAUGAAAUGCGUCGGAAUAAUGAUCUUUUCGUCAUACAUGAUUAAUGUUGGAAAAUUAAAUUGGUAGAUUAAGUACUCUAUUUGUGACUGAUUGUACUUUUGUUGAAUAAAUCACAAAAAUUC